AUGCCACAAGGCGCAUCGUGCAAUCACGUGGGGCAACCCGAUGUGCAGUGGCUGACGUGGCAAGAAGAGAGGAUGAGCGGAGCAACGAUCAGCUGGGCGGAGAUCUGCCUCAGCGGCCCUCAGUUCUUUCACUCCCCCUUCCAUGCGCAGGCGGCCGAUCAGUCAGCGCAGCUGGCGGCGGAUCUGGCGGGCAACGGGUGGCGCAGCACGCGGCGCACGAAGCUGGUGUGCACCAUCGGGCCGGCGUGCUGCGGCUUCGAGCAGAUCGCGGCGCUGGCGGAGGGCGGCAUGAACGUCGCGCGCAUCAACAUGUGCCACGGCACGCACGCGUGGCACCGGCAGGUGAUGGCGGACAUCCGGCGGCUGAACGAGGAGCGCGGGUACAGCGUGGCGGUGAUGAUGGACACGGAGGGCAGCGAGAUCCACAUGAGCGACCUCCAGGGCGCGCCCUCCGCUAAAGUCGCGGAGGACGACGUGUGGACGUUCACGGUGCGCAAGUUCCCCGACGGCAUGGCGCUGCCGCCCAACACCGUGCACGUCAACUACGACGGCUUCAUUGACGACGUGAGGGAGGGCGACGAGUUGGUGGUGGAUGGGGGCAUGGCGCGGCUGCAGGUGGCGGCGCGCAUGGGGCCCGACGUGGUGUGCAGUGUGCUGGACCCGGGGCUGCUGCUGCCACGCGCCAACCUCACCAUCUUCCGCAACGGCCAGCUCGUGCGCGCCACCAACGCCAUGCUGCCCACCAUCUCCUCCAAGGACUGGAUAGACAUAGACUUUGGAAUAGCGGAGGGGGUGGACUUCAUAGCCAUCUCCUUCGUGCGCUCGCCUGAGGUCCUGUCUCGACUCCGUUGCAUCACACUCAUUCACCCGCACCUCUCUCAUCCACCUGUGCGCCGCCUUCCUCCUGGGUACCUGCCACCAUAA